AAAGGCUGUGCUCCAGGAUCUCAGUACCAUACAUUUUUUGGUUCAUGAACUUCAUAUCAUUUUAAGAAAUAAAAAGGAAGAAAAAGUCAUUUUUUAACAGCAAACAGUUUUGGUGAUAAGCUUCCAGUUUCCUUAGGGCGAAACUGAGAGUUUUGUUGCUGAUUUUACAGUGUUCAUCAAAAUAUAAGGAAAGAUGUACGGUCCGGUAUCAACCGGACGGGAAAUGAACACCUCUUCGAGAUGUGAUGUAAAGGACCUCCUUCGUCGAAGGAUUCCAAUCAUAGCAUGGCUACCCAAUUAUUCCAUCAAUAAAUUCCUACAGGACUGUCUAGCAGGAUUAACUGUAGGCUUGACAGCAAUUCCACAAGGAAUUGCAUAUGCCGUAGUUGCUGGGUUACCACCUCAGUAUGGCCUCUACAGUAGUUUCAUGGGUUGUUUUGUCUACCUGGUGUUUGGAAGCAGUAAAGAUAUCACAGUUGGUCCAACAGCAAUAAUGGCAUUGCUCGCACAGCCAUAUGUAAAAAGCAUCGGAGAAGAUAUUGCAGUAUUUCUCUGCUUUUUGUCUGGUUGCGUGAUAACUACAAUGGGUAUAUUCCAUUUGGGCUUUUUGCUCGACUUCAUCAGCAUGCCAGUAAUUUGCGGUUUCACUAAUGCUGCCGCGAUAAUAAUAGGGAUUUCCCAACUAGGCACGCUCUUUGGAGUGAGUGGUAGGAGCGAAACGGCACUUGACGCUGUAGUCAAAAUAAUAAAUCACUACAAGGAAGUGCGACUAUGGGACUCUGUGUUGGGACUUUCAUGUGUCUUAGCCCUUGUUUGCCUCAAAAAUUUGCCAGGAAACAAAAAUGGCACUGGAACCGAAAAAGCAAUGUGGUUGAUUUGUUUGGGUCGAAAUGCAGUAGUCGUGAUGACAGGGAUGAUCAUAGCAUUUUGUCUCUCUUCAUACGACCCGGAACCCUUCAAUAUUACUGGGAACAUAAUGGAAGGGUUACCAACCUUUGCACUACCACCAUUUUCAACAAUUCACGAUAAUAAAACGUACAAUUUCCUGGAAAUGACUACUGAACUUGGAAGUAGUAUUGCUUCAGUGCCACUCAUUGCCAUUCUUGAGAGCAUUGCCGUCGCCAAAGCCUUCGCCAAAGGUAGAUCAUUGGAUGCAACUCAGGAGAUGUUAGCAUUGGGCCUGUGCAACGUGCUAGGAAGUUUUGUAAGAUCUAUGCCCGUUACGGGAAGUUUCACCAGGACAGCUGUUAACCAUGCUUCAGGAGUUAAGACACCCAUGGGUGGCAUCAUCACAGGAUUUGUUGUCCUACUUGCUUGUGGCCUUUUGACCUCCACUUUCAAGUACAUUCCAAAGGCCACCCUCGCUGCAGUUAUAAUAGUCGCCAUGUACUACAUGCUGGAAAUACACAUUUUUGUCGUGCUUUGGAAAACUAACAAGGCCGACAUCAUUCCUUUGACGAUCACUUUGCUAUGCUCUCUAGUUUUGGGACUUGAAUAUGGAAUGCUCGCUGGUAUUGCGGUGAAUUUGGCUUUGCUGCUUUAUUUCACAGCAAGACCAGGAUUAGUGAUCGAGGAGCGAAAUGUAGAUGGAUCGAUGAUACUUUUUGUAUUACCUAAGCAAUCCUUAAGCUUCCCUGCAGCGGAGUACCUAAGAGAGCAAGUAAUGUCAAGGUGCGACGGAAGAAAGGAAACCAUUCCGGUCGUGUUGGAUGGCAGAAACGUAACGAGGAUCGACGCCACCGUCGCCAAGAAUUUAACACUCCUACACAUGGACUUGGUGGCCAGGCGGCAGAAGCUUAUUUUGUGGAACUGGUGCGAAGAGCCUAGAAAAACACUCACGUCCUACGACUCGGAAACAGCCUCUCUUUUCAGGUCGUCGGGGAGUCUAGGUCAGAUAUUUUCAGCGAGUGGCGUGGCAUCGAAACUCAACCUUAUCAGCAGCAGCACGUUUUGAGGUUUAAUCCCGUUUACAGCUUGUUGACGACUGAUGCGCUUGCUCCAUGGUAAUAAAGUAUUAUAGCCGAAUCCAAACUUUUUAUUGAAAACAAUACCCAUGAUCGCAAAGACUUGAUGUGCAGUCUGAGUGCUAUAAUUUCUCCACGAAAAUCAACCAAAUGUCGGUCUUGAUCAACCAUACGGAGUUGUAUAUGAUCUAUUGUCUUCAUGGCGAUCGGCAAGUAAAUGAUGUGCGAUGGGACUUUCACUAUCUUAUAUCCUGGUGGUACAACGGUGAAAAAUUCAUGAAUAGUGUUCACUUUUUGACCUUUGAUGUACGCUCCUGUAGUUAUGUUACAUUCAACUCUGAGAGCAUUUAUUAUAAUUAUGGAUACUGGUUGAUCAGAUUCAUGAUGUUUAUUAGGUUCC